CGAUCUUUCCUCAUUCUUUCCUGCCAUACCCUCACCAUGGCUCCCGAUUCGAGAAGGCGCAGCAGCCAGGCUACUCCCGCUGAAAUAUCUCUUGUCCAUAAUCUGAAGAACUGUUUCGUUAAUCUCCCAUCCUCUCUGUGUUCACUCCUGGUCAAUGUAAACACGCUAGCACAAAAUAUCAUCAUAGAAUUGAACUAUCGAAUUCCACCUCCCCAAAAUUCCAAUCAAACAAAUGGCGCGCCAACACAAAGGUCCAUCUACGUGGGAUGGACGGGGAUGCAAAGCAAGAACAAGCCAGCCCCAGUGGUCAGCAGAGACGGCAUAAGUGGCACAAGAGGAAAUGCAUCUGGUCGACAGCAAGAUGUGCCGUUGAUUGAGAUUGAUGCUACAUUUGCGCAUGCACUGGGACUCUCUGAUGGGCAAAAAGUAACGGCGAACAUACACGUCGACCCUCCCGUUGCGCACACUGUCAAUAUUGAGCCUUUGACACCGGAAGACUGGGAGAUUAUGGAAUUGCAUGCGACCUUCCUAGAGAUUAACCUUGUUAAUCAAAUCCGAGCUCUGCCAAAUCCAAAUUACACCCCUUCGAAUGCCCCCAAACCUCCGCCACACCCCCUGACACUUCACCUGUCACCAACCUCGACUGCCAACAUUAUCGUCACAUCACUUGUCCCCGAACUCUCCUCGACAUCCCCAUUCGCGAAACUGUCUCCUGAUGCGGAGGUGAUCGUUGCCCCCAAAGCAAGGUCAAAACCAUCACGAAGUUCGGGAGAGAAUCGUAGUGUGUCCUCACGGAAGAGUGCUGGAGGGCGGAGUGGCGUAAGCACAGUGCGCCGAAGAAGUGGUCGUGAAGAGCCAAGACCAGUCAUGUUCUUUAGAGGCCUCGAUCGAAGUAUCUGCGCCGAGUGGUUUGAUGACACCAAGGAUGCACAAGACCAUGGUUUGAAGGUUUGGGUUGACCGGGAUGUAUUACUUUCCAAAGCCCUGAAAGGAUUGACUUGGGCUUCUGUUACUGUGGUCAAACCAGCAAGCUUGCAGGUUCCAAUUGACCCCCAGAAACUUCAACAAGAGCUGGAGAAAAUGGGCGAAGCUGGAAAAGCUGCGACCAAAGUAGUGGCACGGUUGAUGCCAUGGGAUGACCCGCCAGAUAGCCAGCAUAUCGCACUUUCGUCAGCACUGUGUGCUUCGAUGGGCAGUGAAGGGCUUGUUGGUGGUGUUGUGAAGCUAGAGCCAGCCCCUCAACAGGUUUCGAAAGCGCCAUCCCCUCCAAAGGAUCCUGCUCAACCAUCAGCAAAGUCUUCUACCCAGGUUGUCAAAAUUUAUCCCUUUGAGUCAGGUACCGGGAAGAAAUCUGAGGGCCUGACAUUUGGUGGAGAAUCAAAAGCGGAACGCGAAGAGGCUAGCAGGCGAGUCCUGAAAAUGUUCGGCAAUGGGAUUCUAGAUGGACCUCUUACUGAUGGCUUCAUUCUGGGAGAACUGAGUACUCCUGACCGUUUAUCAACCUGGGAAGGUGGAAUCCUUCGAUUUGAUCAUCCACCACCAGAUUCCGCAAAGCCAACUUGUAAUUGGUUUCUAGGCUCAGAACGGAAGUUCACAAUUGAAUUUCAGGGUACUAUUCCGCGUCCCUGGUCCAUCUCGAAAGGCAAUACAGUCGACGAUCCCUUACCAGAACAAGCUCCAGUCCUAGUGGGGAUUGACGAUUUGAUCAACCAACUACAGUCACAUUUAUCGCACAUGUCCUCGGUACUGCUCACCGGAGCUCUAGGUUCUGGCAAGAGCUCUGUUACAUAUCUCCUAGCGCAUCGUCUUCAGUCUGAGAUGCUCUUCCAUACUACAUAUUUUUCAUGCCGAAAGUUGGUUACAGAUGAGACUCGGGUGUCAACGAUCAAGGAGACAUUUACUCGUGUUUUCAUGAGUGCCUCUUGGGGUGCGAGGCUCGGUGGGAAAUCAAUGGUCAUAUUGGAUGAUUUAGAUAAGAUAUGUCCGGUCGAGACAGAGCUUGAGGUUAGCGAAAAUGGUCGCAGCAGGCAGAUCAGCGAAUGUCUUUGCGCUCUUGUUAGGCAGUACUGUGGCAGAGACAGUGGUGUCGUACUACUUGUAACUGCUCAAGCCAAAGAGUCUGUUCACAAUGUGAUUGUUGGUGGUCACGUUGUCCGGGAGAUAAUUGGCUUGAAAGCGCCUAACAAGGAAGCAAGAAGGCGAGUAAUGGAGAUGGUAGUGAAGCAAAAUAUGGCGCAUCCGGAAGUUCAUGAUAAGAGUGCAUAUGGCAGUCGUCCAGCAACAGCAGAUGGCAGUGCUAGUGAAGGAGAGGAUGGAGGAUGGAUGGAGGGAGCUAGUGUGGCCAGCCAUCCAGCAUCUACUAGCAAGGACGGAUUCGUUGUCUCUCCCGAUCUCGACUUUCUCGACCUGGCUGGUGAAACUGACGGGUACAUGCCAGGUGACCUGGUAUUGCUCGUUGCUCGUGCUCGGAGCGAAGCAUUAAUUCGCUCAGUCUCACAAUCACCAAAGAACGUCGAAUCGACGAACGUGCAGCUCAGCCGCAACGACUUCGCCAGCGCUCUUACAGGCUUCACACCCGCAUCUCUUCGCAACGUCACACUUCAAACAAGCACUACAACCUUCUCCUCCAUCGGCGGCCUUCACGCCACCCGAAAAAUUCUCCUCGAAACCCUUCAAUACCCUACCACCUACGCCCCCAUCUUUGCCCAAUGCCCUCUCCGCCUCCGCUCCGGCCUCCUCCUCUACGGCUAUCCCGGCUGCGGGAAAACACUCCUUGCAUCCGCAGUAGCAGGCGAAUGCGGCCUAAACUUCAUAUCAGUCAAAGGCCCCGAAAUCCUUAACAAAUACAUUGGCGCUUCUGAGAAGUCUGUCCGUGAUCUCUUCGAUCGUGCCGAAGCCGCCAGGCCCUGCAUACUCUUCUUCGAUGAAUUCGACUCCAUAGCCCCGAAGCGAGGGCACGACAGUACCGGUGUCACGGAUCGGGUUGUUAACCAAUUGCUCACGCAAAUGGAUGGAGCAGAAGGACUGUCGGGUGUGUACGUGCUGGCUGCUACGAGUAGACCGGAUCUCAUCGACCCCGCCCUUCUCCGUCCCGGCCGCCUCGAUAAAUCUCUGAUCUGUGAUCUACCUGAUCUUGAGGAUAGAGUUGAUAUCUUGCGUGCUCUAGGCACGAAACUAAAGCUUAGCCAAGAAGUGAUGAUGAAUUUAGAGGAGAUUGCAAGCAGAACGGAGGGUUAUAGUGGUGCUGAUUUACAAGCGUUGGUGUACAAUGCACAUUUGGAGGCAAUUCACGAUGUGCUUGGUGAUCAUGAGCAAAAUGGUGUUAGAACUGCAAAACGCACGAGUGGCACAACUCCAACCGGCACGAAACAAUUCAUCCAAUUCCGCUAUGGAGAAGAGGAGGAGCGUCUGGACUCUGAAGCGAGAUCAAGAACGGGACAUAAUAAGGCCAAACUGCUCGCUGAGAAGGCAGAGAUCUCCGCCAAGCUUGCAGAGAUUAAGGCUGCGAAGAAGAGGGCCAAGGCCGAGUUGAAGGGUGGGAAAGUGGAGGAGAAGGUGAACGAAGAGAAGGAGCAGCAAGAGGUGGUUAUUGAGUGGCGGCAUGUGGAGGGGAGCUUGAAGAGCACGAGGGCUAGUAUUAGCGUACAGGAGAGGAAGAGACUAGAGAGCAUUUAUCGCGAGUUUGUGGUGGGGAGGAAUGGGGAGAUGAAGAGUGGAGAGGGGAAUAGGGAGGUUGGUGGGAGAACGAGCUUAAUGUAGAAGAGACAAAAGUAGAAAUGGCAAUUGCAUCUGUGGUUGGAUAUGAGACCUUCAAUUCAUUUGUUGGGACGUUUCUAUUUCCUGCUUUGCGUCUUCGCCGUACUACGGGCGCAAUUUGAAAAACUAC